UCAGCUGAUAUGAACGUGACUAGAGUUCUGCUGAAACAACACUUUAGUUUAUUUCAUCUGUUACAGGGAGAGGACAAUGGCUUCUGGUGGACUAAAACCAAGCCUGCGCUAUCACAAGAAAGUGGUCAUUGUCACUGGAGGGACAAAAGGCAUCGGAGAGGCCAUUGUCAGGGUUUUUGUGAACAAUGGAGCGUCAGUUGUGUUCUGUUCAAAAGAGGAGACGGCCAGUGACCUUGAAGCUGAACUGAAUUCUUGUGGGACAGGAGCGGCUAUCUAUGUCUCUUGUGAUGUAACAAAAGAAGAAGAGAUAAAGAGGUUGAUUGAUGUUACUGUGAAAACAUAUGGAAAAAUAGACUGUCUGAUCAACAAUGCUGGAUGGCAUCCUCCAGAACAAAUCAUAGACAACACAAGUGCCCAGGACUUUCAGGACCUUUUAAACUUGAAUCUGAUUGGCUACUUCCUGACUGCAAAGUAUGCUUUACCCCAUCUACGAAAAACUCAAGGGAACAUUAUCAACAUAUCAAGUCUUGUUGGAAUUAUUGGUCAAAAACAUGCAAUACCUUAUGUUGCUACAAAGGGAGCAGUGACUGCAAUGACCAAGGCAAUGGCUAUAGAUGAAAGCCAAUACAAUGUGCGAGUGAAUAGUAUAUGUCCAGGAAAUGUAUGGACACCACUGUGGGAGGAGCUAUCCCGUCAUUCUAGUGAUCCAAAUGCCAUGAUCCUGGGAGGGAAGGACGCUCAGCUGCUGGGUCGAAUGGGGACGACGGAGGAGUGUGCCAAUGCUGUGCUGUUCCUGGCAGCAGAAGGUACAUUCUGCACAGGUAUUGAUAUUCUCCUAACUGGUGGGGCUGAACUCAAUUACGCCAAUAAGAAUCAGCAGGAGGCACGAAGCAGCAUUUAUCACUGACUCCUAUCAGACUGCAGUGGAACUUCAUUGGUUUAAAGCUUCUCCAUUGUGAAUCAUAAAGACACAAGUACACACACGUUCCUUGGGUGAAAGAACUUAAAGAUGUGCUACAGAUGUAUGCCAUAGAGUAAUGUGAUGUUGGAACAAGAUCACUAUUUGAAUGAUGAAAAUUAUUUACAUUUUAUUCAUUAAAAAAGUUUAUUGUAUGGGUUAUAUAAGCACACAGGCUGCCAGCUAAUAGAGUCACAUGUUUAGACAAUGGAAAAAUGAUUACACCAUUAGUAGGAUUAUUCAUAUUUGUUGACUACUACCCAUAGCAUCACCAUUGGAAAGCUAAGAUUAGUGCUGGAUAUAGGACAUUGUACACAACUUGGAAACUACUUCAGAUUUAAAGGGGUACUCCACUGCUCAGCGUUUAGAACAAACUGUUCCGAAUGCUGGAGCCAGGAGCUUGUGACGUCAUAUCCCCGCCCCUUGUGAUGUCACGCCCCACCCCCUCAAUGCAAGUCUACAGUUAUUUCCAAAUGCUGAGCAGCGGAGUACCCCUUUAAAGGUAAAUUUAAUUUUUUAAAUAUCAUAUGAACAUGCAACAACCCUCAAGCUGAAAUGCCUAACUUGACAUGAAAAGACAGUUAUCCAUGUGUGUACAUGCCAUAGUAGUUCAUUCAAGUCUGGCCUUUACAUCAUUUGUCUAUAGCCUAUGCCAAUCUACAGAUGGUGGUUUAUUCCAUCCAACACAGCAAUUGAGAGAGAAAAGAUAUGGAUAACCAAAGCGCACCAUGCCAUUCUGUCCCAGAAUUUUUGGGUGUGAUAUAUACGUGUAUAUAUACACCUUCCAGCUAGCCCUGAUACCACUGUAUAAACUCCAGCUGGGCCUCCUGUCCUUGGCAAGCACAUGAAACUUUACAAUGGAAACAAUCACUUUAUUUCCUUAAAAUUAAAAGCGUGUACAUGCAAGAUUACUAACAGGAACGUGAUGGAACCAAUGCAUUUUAAACACAGUAGAACAAGAAAGCCAGCGGUAAGAAUAUCUUCACUUUAUUGUAGCAAAUAGAUAGACUGUAUCGUGGCCUGGUGUUCUUUGCUUUUACCUUGAUGCUCUGUGUAUGACAUUUUACUCCAUGAUCCAAUGUUUUAUCUAUUUGCUACAAUAAAGUGAAGAUAUUCUUACCACUGGCUUUCUUCCUUCGUUCUACUGCCUUGGAGUCUUUGGCUGCGCAGUGAAGUUUGGGUGAGCGGACCCUUCUCCAUUAUAUGAACUCAUUUCAAAUACAUCUGCCAUAAUUUGUCAUGGUUACCACUGAUUAAGAAUGACAAGUGUGUUCAAAACGCAUCGGUUCCUGUUAACAUUUGUUUUCUUGGAUGAACAAGCUUUUAAUAAUGAAGAAUUAUUUAAGUAAUUUGAGUAAUUUUUUUCCCUGACCUGUGGACCACAACGUUGCUUUUAUGUUGGGGUUUGACACCUUGAAUCCAAAACAAUCGCAUUCUCUUAGUUACCAGAACUGCUUACAUUCACAGCAGGGAUGAUCCAGUAGUAAUCCUGCAGCUAAAAACGUAACACCUAUAGUAUUAUUUCCUGAUUAGAUACUAAAACAUGUAUUUUUUUUCUUAUGUGAUUGUGAUUUUUUAAUUUUUUUCCUUUUUUGUAAUUUUGGGGGGCUGCCAUUUUGCUUGAGCUGUUUUUAACACAAUUCAGAGCAGGACCCAUAGACAUAAACUACAAUAGACUGAAGCUGUCACAUAUAGAUGAACUGAAGUCGGAACUGACCUUAUCAGAGGUCAUUCUAUACAGAGGGGAUGCAGAUUUUUGUUGUAUAUGGUAGUGGAUCCAGUGUUAUCUCUUUACUGAUACCACCUUGUCUGCUCUGAGAAAAAAGGCAUUACUGGGAAAUCUGUACAGAGCAGAAG